AUGGACCCACUGAUGGCCGUCCUUUGCCUGCUGCCCUUGUACCCAGGCUUGGCUACAACCACUCCCUCCUGCCCUCACAACGUGAAUAUCUCUGGGGGCACUUUCACCCUCAGCAACGGCUGGGCCCCUGGGAGUAUCCUCACCUACUCCUGCCCCCUGGGCCUUUACCCAUACCCGGUGGCGUCAAGCCUGUGCAAGAGCGACGGACGGUGGCAUUUCCCGAGAUCCAGCCAGCGGACAAAGGCGGUCUGCAAACCUGUUCGCUGUCCAGCCCCUGUUACCUUUGAGAACGGCGUAUACACCCCACGGCUGGGGUCCCACCCUGUGGGCGGCAACCUGAGCUUCGAGUGUGAGGAUGGCUUCACACUGCGGGGCUCGCUGGUGCGGCACUGCCGCCCCAAUGGCAUGUGGGAUGGGGAGACAGCUGUGUGUGACAACGGCGCCAGCCACUGCCCCAACCCGGGCAUUGCCGUGGGUGCAGUGCGGACGGGGUCUCGCUUCGGCCUCGGCGACAAGGUCAGCUACCGCUGCUCCUCAAAUCUGGUGCUGACGGGGUCUGUGGAGCGAGAGUGCCAGGAUGAUGGGGUCUGGAGUGGGAUGGAGCCCAUCUGCCGCCAGCCCUACUCUUAUGACUUUCCCGAGGAUGUGGCCCCUGCCCUGGGCACCUCCUUGUCCCACCUACUUGGAACCACCAAUCCCACCCAGAAGAAGAAGCAAAACGUGGGCCGCAAAAUACAAAUCCAGCGCUCGGGUCACCUGAACCUCUACGUGCUCCUGGACGCAUCUCAGAGUGUGGAGGAAGAGGACUUUGAAAUCUUCAAGAAGAGCACCUCCCACCUGGUGGACAGGAUCUUCAGCUUUGAGGUCAAGGUUAGUGUCGCCAUCAUCACUUUUGCAUCAAAGCCCAAAGUCAUCAUGUCUGUCCUGGACAGCAAAUCCGAGGAUGUGACUGAAGUGGCCCACAGUCUGGAAAACGCCCACUAUAAAGACCAUGAAAACGGAACCGGGACCAACAUCUACGAGGCCCUAAAUUCUGUCUAUAUCAUGAUGAAUAACCAAAUGCAACGUCUCAGAAUGAACACGGCGGCCUGGCAGGAAAUCCGACAUGCCAUCAUCCUUCUGACAGAUGGAAAGUCCAACAUGGGUGGCUCUCCCAAGGUGGCUGUUGACAAUAUCAAGGAGGUCUUGAACAUCAACCAGAAGAGGGAAAACUAUCUGGACAUCUAUGCCAUCGGCGUGGGCAACCUGGAUGUGGACUGGAGAGAACUGAAUGAGCUGGGGUCCAAGAAGGAUGGCGAGAGGCAUGCCUUCAUUCUGAAGGACGUGAAGGCUCUGAGCCAGGUCUUUGAGCACAUGCUGGAUGUCUCCCAGCUCACAGACACCAUCUGUGGGGUAGGGAACAUGUCUGCCAAUGCCUCUGCCCAGGAGAGGGCACCCUGGCAUGUCACUAUUAAGCCCAAGAGCCAGGAGACCUGCCGAGGGGCCCUCAUCUCGGACCAGUGGGUCCUGACAGCCGCUCACUGCCUCCGCAACGCCGAGGCCCACCCCCUGUGGAGGGUCAGCGUGGGGGAUCCCAACUCCCAGUGGGGCAAAGAAUUCCAAGUUGAGAAGGCGGUGGUCUCCUCGGGGUUCAAUGUCUUUGCCAAGAAGAAUCAGGGAAUCCCGGAGUUCUAUGGCGAUGACAUCGCUCUGCUAAAGCUGGCCCAGAAAGUGAAGAUGUCCACCCACGCCAGGCCUAUCUGCCUUCCCUGCACGGUGGGGGCCAAUCUGGCUCUGCGGAGACUUCCAGGCAGCACCUGCAGAGACCACAAGAGUGAACUUCUGGACAAAUUGAGCAUUCCUGCUCAUUUUGUGGCUUUGAAUGGGAACAAGCUGAACGUUAACCUCAAGACAGGGUCGGAGUGGACAAACUGUGUCAAGGUGGUCUCCCAAGACAAAAUCACGUUCCCCAACUUGACAGAUGUCGGAGAGGUGGUGACAGACCAGUUCCUAUGCAGUGGGAUGCAGGGGGAUGACAAUCCCUGCAAGGGAGAAUCUGGGGGAGCAGUUUUCCUUGAGCGGAGGUUCAGGUUUUUUCAGGUGGGCCUGGUGAGCUGGGGUCUCUACAACCCCUGUGGCAGCUCUGAUAAGAACUCCCGCAAAAGCGCGCCCCGUGGCAGGGUCCCACCACCACGAGAUUUCCACAUCAGUCUCUUCCACGUGCAGCCCUGGCUGAGACAGCACCUGGAGGGUGUCUUGAACUUUUUGCCCCUCUGA